AAAUACUAAAGGAAGAAAGAAAAAUCUACACUCUAUGUAAACACUUCCAUUUAUACAUACAUACAUACAUAUGUAUAUGUGUGUCAUGAAUGUUGGGAUAACUGUACAAACGUACACUCUUAUACACUAGCCUCUAUUUGAGUAUAUACCGUAUUAUAUAACUCUAAAUAUUAUAUGUAUAUGUAUGUAUGUGGUCGUAUGUAUGAAUAUCCGCUAAUUUUUUUCACUCCACAUGUGGCAGCCACAAAAUCUCAACACACAUUUAGCGCUUAAUGCAAUUCCUGUGUCCACAAUUAUGCAACACAAAUCAUUCAGCUGAAUUAUGCCAUGCGCACGAGGAAAAUUGAGCUGCCCGAGGUGCUCGAUUACCGUUAACGGCUAGUUACAUUUGAGAGCAUUCGCUAAAUUGCAGCUAUUAGAAAACCAUUUUCGAACAUUUUGACAAGAGUGGAUGCCAUUAAGUCCAUAUAUAAGUAUGUAUGAAUACGUAGCUCCUUUGAGAGGAUGUUGGAUUCUUCUUUGCCAUAGUUGGUUAUAAUCGGGUAUAAAAUGCCGCGUAGCACGUGCAACAAACCUUUAUUCGCUUAAAACUCAACGUGAGUGGUGAAAAAAUAAGUGGAAAUUAACGGUAGAGUAUAAAAUUAAAGGAGUGAAUAUGUUACGCAAGUUCAGGCAUGGCAACCAUUCUCCGCCAAGGACCAAAGCUGCGUCUAAUCACCGGUUUGCUGCAUUACUUCUUUUAUAUUGCAUUUAUUUCAUUUUCUUAAGAAUGAGCGCUGCUCAAGCUGAGGAAGGUGUUAUAACGGGUGAUAACGACAUCUCCCACAUUGGCGACGAUUGCCAAGUGACCCCGGUCAUACAUGUACUUCAAUAUCCUGGUUGCGUGCCCAAGCCGAUACCUUCGUUCGCCUGUGUUGGACGCUGCGCCAGCUAUAUACAAGUCUCCGGUAGUAAAAUUUGGCAAAUGGAACGUUCAUGCAUGUGUUGUCAGGAGUCCGGUGAACGUGAAGCUGCUGUCUCGCUCUUUUGUCCCAAAGCCAAACACGGUGAACGGAAGUUUAAGAAAGUACUAACGAAAGCACCAUUGGAAUGCAUGUGUCGUCCAUGCACAUCCAUUGAGGAGUCCGGCAUUGUGCCCCAGGAAAUAGCCGGCUAUUCCGACGAGGGUCCAUUAAAUAAUCACUUCCGUCGUAUUGCCUUACAGUAGGUGAAAUAUUUAAUUUACCUUUUUCCUACUUAAUGCAUAUUUUCUGUUUAGCCAAAAUUGGGAAGAAUAAUUAGUGUACUGCAUAAAAAAAAGAAAGCAAAAUAUAUUUAUAUAGCGGAAAGAAAUCGCCGCAUA